CGGUCGAAACCUCGUUCUCGUCUCCAUCUCUGCGAUUUGCCUCGAGGCAUCUUCAACUCCCUCGAGCUAGCAUCACUUCGUCUUCAUCCAUCCAUGGCUGUCUCCGGAGCCUCCUUCACCCUGAACCACUCUCUCUUUCUUCAUCCCCAACCACAACUGAAGAAGCCCUCCACGGGAUCGCUCGGUGGCGGAGGCGGCAGAGCACACGGCGAUGGUUUCACAAUGUGCAUGAGAGCUUCGUCUUCUGGUUCGACCUCGGAUGGCGACGAAGGGAAGGGCAAGGUGAUGCUGCGGACGGAGAAGGACGAGUGGCAUAUCAACUUUUCAGAGGACAAACCCACCACGCCUUUGCUCGAUACCGUGAAUUAUCCAGUUCAUAUGAAGAACUUGUCCACGCCGGAUCUUGAACAAUUGGCUGCAGAGCUAAGGGCAGAGAUAGUGCACUCUGUCUCAAAGACGGGCGGUCAUCUGAGCUCAAGCCUCGGUGUGGUGGAACUCACGGUCGCUCUUCACCAUGUUUUCAAUGCCCCAGAAGACAAAAUCUUAUGGGACGUGGGACAUCAGACAUACCCCCACAAGAUUCUGACCGGAAGGCGGUCUCGGAUGCACACAAUUAGGAAGACUUCGGGGCUUUCGGGUUUUCCCAAAAGGGAUGAGAGUGUUUAUGAUACAUUCGGCGUGGGACACAGUUCUACGAGCAUCUCCGCCGGUCUCGGUAUGGCGGUUGGGAGAGAUCUCCUUGGAAAGAACAACAAUGUCAUUUCCGUGAUAGGAGAUGGAGCCAUGACGGCCGGUCAAGCGUACGAGGCUAUGAACAACGCGGGUUUUCUAGAUUCUAAUCUAAUUGUCGUGUUGAAUGACAACAAGCAAGUUUCUUUGCCUACUGCUACUCUUGAUGGCCCUGCGACCCCGGUUGGCGCCCUCAGCAGCACCCUCACCAAACUCCAAGCGAGCACAAAUUUCCGCAAGCUCCGAGAAGCUGCCAAAAGCAUUACAAAGCAGAUCGGGGGACCGACACACCAAGUCGCGGCUAAAGUAGAUGAAUACGCGAGGGGGUUCAUCAGCGCCUCCGGUUCUACGCUAUUUGAGGAGCUUGGGCUGUAUUACAUUGGGCCGGUGGACGGACACAAUGUCGAAGAUCUCGUGACAAUCUUCCAGAAAGUGAAAUCCAUGCCCGCUCCGGGUCCAGUUUUGAUCCACAUCGUGACAGAAAAAGGGAAGGGGUAUCCUCCGGCAGAGGCUGCAUCGGACAAGAUGCACGGGGUUGUCAAGUUCGAUCCGAGAACCGGAAAGCAAUUUAAGUCCAAAUCCCCGACGCUGUCCUAUACACAGUAUUUCGCAGAGUCUCUGAUAAAAGAAGCCGAGGUCGAUAACAAGAUCGUGGCGAUCCAUGCGGCUAUGGGUGGCGGGACGGGUCUCAAUUAUUUUCAGAAGAGGUUCCCCGAUCGGUGCUUCGAUGUGGGGAUCGCAGAGCAACAUGCCGUCACGUUUGCUGCUGGAUUAGCCACAGAGGGUCUCAAGCCUUUUUGCGCCAUCUAUUCGUCAUUUUUGCAGCGAGGAUACGAUCAGGUUGUCCACGAUGUCGAUCUCCAAAGACUACCCGUUCGCUUCGCAAUGGAUCGGGCAGGUUUGGUUGGUGCAGACGGGCCUACACAUUGCGGGGCAUUUGACAUAACAUACAUGGCUUGCCUGCCUAACAUGGUGGUUAUGGCUCCAUCGGAUGAAGCUGAGCUUAUGCACAUGGUUGCUACCGCUGCUUCCAUUGACGAUAGGCCCAGUUGCUUCAGGUUCCCAAGGGGUAAUGGUGUCGGCGUGACUCUUCCUCCUGACAACAAAGGAAUUCCACUCGAGAUAGGAAAGGGAAGGAUAUUGAAGGAAGGUAGCAGAGUCGCGAUUCUUGGGUAUGGAUCGUUUGUUCAACAGUGUGUUGCAGCUGCAAAUAUGCUUGAGUCCAUAGACAUCGAUAUUACCGUCGCCGAUGCAAGAUUCUGCAAGCCUCUGGACACCGAUCUCAUCACCCAAUUGGCCAAUCAUCACGAGGUACUCAUUACUAUCGAGGAAGGUUCGGUUGGAGGCUUCGGAUCGCAUGUGUCACACUUCCUAAGUCUAUCCGGCAUUCUGGAUGGACCACUCAAGUUGCGAGCUAUGGUCUUACCUGAUAGAUACAUUGAACACGGAUCGCUGCAAGACCAGAUUGAAGAAGCCGGGUUGUCCUCGAGGCAUAUAUGCGCGACCGUCCUAUCGUUAUUGGGCAGGCAGAAAGAGGCUUUUCAGUUCAAGUGAACAGAAAAACUGAAGGCAAUACGAUCUGUCUCCCGAUGAAGUCCGGAUCAUUACCUGUGCACAUUCAAGGACUCACAGCAAUAUACAAGAGAGGGAAGUUGUACAAACUUGGAAGUUGGGAAUUAAUACGAAUAGAAUAAAAUAAGAUCUCGACUUUCAUGUCUUGAGAUCGCAGGGAAUGUACAGAGACACUAGAUAUCGGGGACGGACCGGUCGGUAAUUGCUAUAUUAUAGCAUACUCUUGAUUCCUGGUCCCUAAUCCAAUCUGUAAUCCAAACGACUAUUGUUGUUUACACUUAAGUUGUUGAAUGAGAAAGAUUGAUUCGUCUUCAGUUUC